CGUGGCUGCUAAUCAGAGAGGGGUGGGGAGGAGGAGGGAGGGCCGCCGGGCCGCUGUUUGUUGUCAUCCCAAGAUGGAGUUUCUGCUGGGGAACCCGUUCAGCACCCCGGUGGGGCAGAGCCUCGAAAAGGCCACAGAUGGCUCUCUACAGAGCGAAGACUGGACACUCAACAUGGAGAUCUGUGACAUUAUCAACGAGACAGAAGAAGGUCCAAAGGAUGCCAUUCGAGCACUGAAGAAGAGACUGAAUGGGAACAAAAAUUACAGAGAGGUCAUGCUGGCUCUAACGGUGUUGGAGACCUGUGUGAAGAACUGUGGCCAUCGCUUUCACGUCUUAGUGGCAAACCGUGACUUCAUAGAUGGUGUUCUGGUGAAAAUCAUCUCACCCAAGAAUAAUCCCCCCACCAUUGUGCAGGAUAAAGUACUCGCACUGAUUCAGGCCUGGGCUGAUGCCUUUCGAAGUAGCCCUGAUUUAACUGGAGUAGUGCACAUUUAUGAAGAACUUAAGAGGAAAGGCAUAGAGUUUCCCAUGGCAGAUCUCGAUGCUUUAUCUCCAAUACACACACCACAGAGGAGUGUUCCUGAAGUUGAUCCUGCAGCAAAUAUGCACAAUUCACAGUCUCAGCAAAGGAUGAGCACCAGUUCUUACUCUUCACCUUCUCCAACUGCAUAUUCUCCUCAGGCUCCAGCUUUGAAUGUGACUGGCCCCAUCACUGCCAAUUCUGAACAGAUUGCCCGGCUGCGCAGUGAACUGGAUAUUGUUCGUGGGAAUACCAAAGUGAUGUCUGAAAUGCUGACAGAAAUGGUUCCUGGACAAGAGGAUUCUUCAGACCUUGAGUUACUCCAGGAGUUGAACCGAACCUGUAGAGCCAUGCAGCAGAGAAUUGUGGAGCUUAUCUCACGAGUGUCCAACGAAGAAGUCACAGAGGAGCUGCUGCAUGUGAACGAUGAUUUAAAUAAUGUCUUCCUCAGAUAUGAAAGAUUUGAACGAUACCGAUCAGGACGUUCCACACAAAGUGCCAGCAACGGAGUUCUGAAUGAGGUGACAGAAGAUAACUUAAUAGAUUUGGGUCCUGGUUCUCCAGCUGUAGUGAGCCCAAUGGUCGGAAACUCAGCACCAUCGUCAUCACUUUCUUCACAGCUUGCAGGGCUUGACUUGGGUACAAACAGUGUCAGUGGCACACUGAGCUCCCUACAGCACUGUAACCCUCGUGAUGAUUUCGACAUGUUUGCACAGACAAGAGGCAGUUCCUUGGCUGAGCAGCGAAAGAAUGUGACAUAUGAGGACCCACAGGCUGUCAAAGGAUUGGCGUCCGCCCUGGAUGUUCGGAAACAGAACACAGGAGGGAGGAGAGGUAAAGGUGGGAACUCAGACAUGGAGCCCAUAGACAAGUGGCUAAUUACACAAGGAAUGAUCCCUGUUGCACAGUCCUCUGUCAUGGAUGACAUUGAGGAGUGGCUCAGUACCGACGUGAAAGGAGAUGAACUGGAAGAAGGAGUGACCAGCGAAGAAUUUGACAAGUUUUUAGAAGAGCGAGCCAAAGCGGCGGAGAUGGUCCCCAACCUGCCGUCCCCUCCUCUGGAAGCCCCCACCCCUCCGACAAACCCUUCCAGCAGGAAAAAGCAGGAGCGCUCGGAGGAUGCCCUCUUUGCACUGUGAAGCUCGCAGUCCCACCCCGUGCUCUGCAGGAGAGCAUUGCUGUACAGCCACCUCGUCCUCCCACAGCACUUGGCUAACAACAACCCUUUCUCCCCCUCAAAGUCUCAUAGGUUGCUUCUCCUUCUUCCUUCUCUCUCGGUCUCCAACAAUCCAUCCCCACAAGCCGACUCUUUCUGUUUAAGUCCAACACUCUUCCUGCCAGACCGCGAUUUUCCAGCGCUCGCUUAAUCCCCUCCUUCCUAUCCCAGCUGCACAAAACCAGCUCUUGAUGCUGAAAACCCCUUUCGAAUGCAUGACUGCAUCACACUGUGUUGAAACAAAAGCCCAGAGGGGAGAGAGCAGCCUUGCCCUUCAGUUGGCGUAGGGAUCAUCCUCUUCUGUAGGCAGGUCCUGCCAAGUCGACUGCUCUGUCGAUCAGCGUGUAAUUGACUGAGCUGGAAUGUGCAGGGGGAGCGUGUCUUUAUUUUUAGAUAAAAUGUUAAUGUAUUGGCUUUCGUGUCGGAUUCGACAGCAAGGAACAACUGUUCCCCUUUCAACAUGUGCUUCACAAGUUAAAAUCCUUUACUCUCCCACUCACACAUCUCCCUGUACCAUAUGGCGGUCGCUUUUCCCCACUUUGUGCAGCACUUCAUAUUCUUAAUCUCACAGGGUAUUUUUUUCCUUGUGUUUUAUCUGGGCUUGCUCUAAUUUGAAAGCAGUCUGUUGGCCGUGUCCAGUAGCUCUGGCAGUUGUCAGGAAUGAAAAACGCUGAGCUAAAUGGAUGCUGCAACGUGAGCUCAUGAAGCAUUUUGCUCUUUGGGAGAGCAUUCUCACAGGAGGGUUUUUAACUGGUGUGUUUGCCUUUUAAAAUAGCGAGGUUAUUUUUUCCUUUCUGAGAUUCCUUCUUCAGUGACUGCAGAGCUCUGCGUUGGUCUCAGCUGUUGUAAAUAGAAUCCUUGCAGAUGGAUGGGACUUGAUGACAGGCCGGGUGCAAACUGAGGUUCCUGGAUUCCCUGACGUGGCUGUUAGGGCUCUUGGUGCUCGUUGUGAUGGGAAGGGCAGCAAACCUGCCCAAGGUGUCUGUGAGCAUGCCCAGAGUUACCAUGGAGGGACUUGCUAUGCCUAUGCUGGAGGUGAAACCCCUCCUUUCCUUCUGGGCUUGGGAGUGUUGGGUGAUUGUGACCAUGCUGGUUGUAAUCCCAAGUGUUUCUCAGUACUUCUGCCCCUUUGUCCGUCCCAGCUCCUUUAGGGCUGCAGUCCCCCCAGUCUGCAUCCUCCUGCAGCCCCAGCACGUUCCCAGGGAGCAACCAGAGGCACAGAGUGGUGGGGUCACAGUGAGAGAGGAAUGUGGCGGAGAGAAGCUCCUGCCCUGCCAGGGAUGCAGCUUAUCAGGUGGACAGCUCUCAUGGGGGCCCAGCCUGCUCCUGCUGACCUGAACGCUGAUAUAUGUUGGGCUGGUGUGUGUGGAGCUGUCAGGCACUAGACUGAGAGGCCGUACUAUAAACAGCUGAUAGGAAAGUGACAGAAGCUUUUAUCUGGGCCUGGUAAUUUCAGCUCUAAGAUGCUCUCCAAGGCACACCGUGCUUUGGCAGCUUCUGACGCACACCGUCUCUUCCCAAAAGGCUGGAUCACAGCACUGCUGCUUUUUGGGAGCUGUCACAUUCAUCUGCAGAGGGGAAUGCAGGAUUUUGAGGCCAUCCCAGGUCAGCUCUCUCUAUUUUAUCUUCUCUAUAGCAGUAAUGCAAUGCCGGCAUGGAGCAGCAUGCACUGCUGCCCUGACACGGGCUGAGCGCAGUGCUCAGCUGCUGCCUGCCAGGCACGUUGCUGCCAGUUCCUGCAGCUCCUCAUCUGCAGCCACAGCUCCCAGGAACCCGAGGACCCUUCUGUCGUGACGCUGCUUUGAUUUCAGGCAGCGUCUGCUGAUCACCCGAGCGGUCUCACCAGCGCAGAAUGAAUUGUUGGUAUUCCUGUCAAUGCAAAAAGCUCCGUGGGUGUUUGAAGCGUGGAUUUGCUCUUCUAAAUCCUUGAAACGCAUUGACCCUGUAAAUGGCCACAUCAGGUGAUUCUAAGCACGUUAAUCCAGCUUCCCUGCCGAGCCCCGGGAGAUAAUCGCAUUGUUCCAGUGUGGGGAUGUGGUCGUGUGAUGCUGAGUGGCAAGGAUGGCACCGGGGCUGCUACCACAGCCCUGCAGUGUCCCAGCUUCACCCCCAGCACCCGCACACAGGGGAGCUGCUCACCCUGCUGCUCCCAUUCAGCCUAUUCUGGGCCUUCCCGUUAUAGGGAGAAUCUUUCCGGAGGAGCUUGCAGAGCUGGUGGUGAUGAAUGGAGCAAAGUAGAGAAGUGAGAGGGUUGAGGCCGAGGGGGUGCAUGCUGGCACAAUUCAAAGCAUAACUGAACACCAUAAGGUGCACUUUGGUCCCACCAGUUCUUUGCUGGGAAGUUGGGGCCCCAGGGGCCUUUGUGGGACCACAGGGCGAGCUGUGCUGGAGCAAGGCGGGCAGGAAGCAAGGAGGGUGCAGCCCCAGCCUGCUGCACUGACGGAAUAGAUUCCCCAGUGUCCUGUAUCAGGAUCUCUCAUCUUCCCCCUCCUCUUGUGGUCUGCUGAAACCGAUGGGGAAAGGGGGAGGGGUUGUCACAUUGGAGAGCGACCUCGGGAUUUCUUCUUCCUUGGCUUUCCCUCCUGGAACAGGGAUGGAGCUGAUGGAGCUGCAGGCAGUGCUGCUUCCAUUGGAACCCAUUGCAGCGCUGUGCAGGCAGGCAGAGCACAGUGUGAUGCUCAGUGACACGAAGUCACUGCCGGGAUCCUUCCCUGAGCUCCCAUCAAACCCCGCACUAAGGUUCAGGUAUUUAUUCGGUUGGUGGUUUUGGGGUUUUAUUUUAUUUUCCAGCGUGUUUUUAACCUUUUAACCCUUCGUGUGCUGAGAUGUAAGAAAUGAAAGGCUUCUAUUUAAGUACAUCCUUUUAGUUUGUUUUUUUAAUUGUUAUGUGUAGGUUGCAGCCGCAUCUUUGGCAGGUGUGAGAGGUGGCAACGUGCUGUACAGACAUUGGGGGUGUUCAGGUGAGGCUCAGAGGGGAACUGCUCAUAGGAAACAGCGCGGUGGCUCAUAAAGGAACAGGCUGUGUGCGGCCUCCUGGUUGUGUUGAGGCCUUCAGGACAUCUCAGGGAUGCUCCCUCCAUCCCCAUCCUUGUUUGCCUCCUCCACGCCAACCCCGGGCUGUGCUGAGCCUUCCCUGGGAUAAACAGCUCAGGAUGGACAGUGGGAUGGAAACAGUGAAGCAGUGAGCGGGUUUGUGUGCCCAGCUUCCCACCUGCUCUGUGUUCGUAUGAGUACGGGCUCCUCGUUCUGUACAUGUUCCUAUGAGCUCUCGUUAACCCAACAAAUGUAACCUGUGUCAUAGCUUCUCUGUAUAUUACAGCCGUAGGCUUUCCAGGUAAAAUGGAUAAUAUUUAUUUACUGAAGAUACUGGAUAUUUUUUUGUUUGGGAAUGGGGUAGGGAGAGAAGGGGCCAUAACUGUAAAGAGGUCGAUGAUGUAAAGAGAAACAAACCUUAAAAAAAAACAAACCCAACACUAAAACGUUGCUGUAUUCACGUAGGGAAGGUUCACCUGUAUUAAUCUGCCAUCGUUUAACCUGUUCCAGAAAUCAUCUCUACUUUGGUUCCUGCAUGUGAGAUACUCCAAUAAAGACACUACUGGUGUGGACCGGA